GGGGGACUCCAGGAGUGUAAGACUGAGCGUGUGAGGAGGACGCCGUGUGUGUGUGUGUCUGUGUGCGUGUGUGUCUGUGUGUGUGAGUCAGUCUGAGGGUGACCCUGAGUGUGCGAGACGCAGAGUGUGAGGGUGACGCUGUUAGUGUGACGGAGACUCGGUGUGUGUGUGAGAGAGACCCUAGUGUGGAGGUGACUCCAUGAGUGUGAGAGGGACUGAGAGGGAGAUUGUGAGAGACUGAGUGUGAGAGAGACCGCGGUCAGUGGCCCUGAGUGCGACCCUGUGAACGUGAAAGAGACCGUGUGAGAUACUCCAGUGUGAGUCUGGUGCUGAGAAAGAACCUGUGCUGCGUGGGACUCUGAAAAUGAGUAAAGGCCCGGGGGACGAGCCUGAGGAUGUGAGCACCUGAGCAGAGCUUCCUGGGGCCGCAGGGAGACUGGCCUGUUGGAGGGAGGACGUCUCCAGGAUGUGUGGAUACUUUACUACAAAAGUGGUGCAAGUGGUGCUCAUGGGACCUGGGACAGAGGGAACAGCAGUUGUCUAGACAUGCAUGAUUUGAAAGGACCAGGCUGGUUCUCAGACAUUUGUUCAGUUACACCGCACUGUGGAGAUUAAUUGGAGACACGUGGAAUUAGGCCUGGCUGUGGAGACUUCAUUUUCUUCUUCAUACCUGACCAUUUAUGAUGAGGUGGCUUAUGAAAGUGUGAUGUUUGCUUAUUUCCUCACAGACACUUUGGAAGAAGAAAGGUGUUGAAUGAGCAAGCAGCAACGUGGGAAGUGAGGCCAUAGUAAACACAGGUGUGAAGGAACUAUUUGCCAUGGAAGCCAGGGAGCUGGAGAGCCCCACACCCACAUACCAUCUCAUUCCUGAGGCCAGCCGGCCCAGGGAGGAAGAUGUCAGCAUGCUACCUCAGCGGUCCACAGAAACUAUGCAGCUGAAGAAGGAGAUCUCUCUGCUGAAUGGGGUCAGCCUGGUGGUGGGCAACAUGAUCGGCUCAGGAAUCUUUGUCUCACCCAAGGGCGUGCUGGUCUACACUGCCUCUUAUGGGUUGUCGCUGGUCAUAUGGGCCAUUGGUGGGCUUUUCUCCGUUGUGGGUGCCCUUUGCUAUGCAGAACUGGGGACCACCAUCACCAAGUCUGGGGCCAGCUACGCUUAUAUUCUAGAGGCCUUUGGGGGCUUCAUUGCCUUUAUCCGCCUCUGGGCCUCCCUGCUAAUUGUUGAGCCCACCAGUCAGGCCAUUAUCGCUAUCACCUUUGCCAACUACAUCAUCCAGCCCUCCUUUCCCACCUGCGAGCCCCCGUACCUGGCCUGCCGUCUCCUCGCUGCAGCCUGCAUGUGUCUGCUGACGUUUGUGAACUGUGCCUACGUCAAGUGGGGCACACGUGUGCAGGACACAUUCACUUACGCCAAGGUCCUGGCACUCAUUGCCAUCAUUGUCAUGGGCCUUGUUAAACUGUGCCAGGGACACUCUGAGCACUUUCAGGAUGCCUUUAAGGGUUCCUCCUGGGACUUGGGAGACCUCUCUCUCGCCCUCUACUCUGCCCUCUUCUCUUACUCAGGUUGGGACACCCUUAAUUUUGUAACAGAAGAAAUCAAAAACCCAGAAAGAAAUUUGCCCCUGGCCAUUGGGAUUUCUAUGCCGAUUGUGACACUCAUCUACAUCCUGACCAACGUGGCCUAUUACACAGUGCUGAGCAUUUCAGAUGUCCUUGGCAGUGAUGCUGUGGCUGUGACAUUUGCUGACCAGACAUUUGGCAUGUUUAGCUGGACCAUUCCCAUCGCUGUUGCCCUGUCCUGCUUUGGGGGCCUCAACGCAUCUAUCUUUGCCUCAUCAAGGUUGUUUUUUGUGGGCUCCCGUGAGGGCCACCUCCCGGACCUUCUCUCCAUGAUCCACGUUGAGCGUUUUACACCCAUCCCUGCUUUAUUGUUCAAUUGCACCAUGACACUCAUCUACCUCACUGUGGAGGAUGUCUUCCUGCUCAUCAACUACUUCAGCUUCAGCUACUGGUUCUUUGUGGGCCUGUCUGUCGCUGGACAGCUCUACCUUCGCUGGAAGGAGCCCGAGCGGCCCCGGCCUCUCAAGCUGAGCCUGUUUUUUCCCAUCGUGUUCUGCAUAUGCUCCUUGUUUCUGGUGGUUGUGCCCCUCUUCAGUGACACCAUCAAUUCCCUCAUUGGCAUCGGGAUUGCUCUCUCUGGGGUCCCCAUCUACUUCCUGGGUGUUUAUCUGCCAGAGUCCCGGAGACCACUCUUUAUUCGGAAUGUCCUUGCUGCUAUCACCAAAGUCACCCAGAAGCUUUGCUUUUGCGUCCUGACUGAGCUAGAUGUAGCUGAAGAGAGACAGGUUGAGAGGAAAACUGAGUAGAGGCCAGAGGUGAUAUCCCC